GUGCGGCAGGAGGCGCGCGGACAAUACCGGGGCGGCGGCGCGGCCCGGCGGUGCUCGGGGUUCGGCUCGGCCCGGCCCGGUUCCACCCGCUUCUGCCCGGCUGUGCUCGGGGCUCGUCUCGUCUCCGCACGGUACGGCCCGGCGGGGCUCGUUGCGGCAGCAUGCUGGCCCUUUUCAAUGAGCUGCUGGACUCAUUCCAGGUGCUAUUCUGGAAGGAGGAGAUGGAGCUGACCCUGGUGGGGCUGCAGUACUCGGGCAAGACCACGUUCGUCAACGUCAUCGCGUCAGGCCAGUUCAAUGAAGACAUGAUCCCAACAGUGGGCUUCAAUAUGAGGAAGAUCACCAAAGGGAACGUUACCAUAAAGCUCUGGGACAUUGGUGGCCAGCCACGCUUUCGCAGCAUGUGGGAACGGUACUGCCGUGGAGUGAGUGCCAUUGUGUACAUGGUGGAUGCUGCUGACCAGGAGAAGAUCGAGGCCUCGAAGAAUGAACUUCAUAACCUGCUUGACAAGCCGCAGCUCCAGGGUAUCCCGGUCCUAGUCCUGGGGAACAAGCGAGAUCUCCCUGGUGCCUUGGAUGAGAAGGAGCUCAUUGAGAAGAUGAACCUCUCUGCCAUCCAGGACCGAGAGAUUUGUUGUUAUUCCAUCUCCUGCAAAGAAAAGGACAACAUUGACAUCACCCUACAGUGGCUUAUUCAGCACUCGAAGUCCAGGAGAAGCUGAGAUCCCUUGGACUGCAGCUCAGAUCGGGAAGAUGCCAUUGUACAAGCCCAUACCCCCUUCCUUCUCCUGCUCUGUGCAUCCAGCUCACUCUAGAUGGAUAUUUUUAGGGGACCUCAGACUUCACUCACACUGAGGUGGAGCCCUUCUUUUUUAUUACAAAUGAAAGGUCUUUCUCUGUCCUCCUCCUCUUUCCUCUCUUCUUUCCACUUUGGCACUGUUCUGUUGUUGUCUGUGUAUACAGUAUAUAUAUAUAUGUAUAUAUAUUUUAAUUUUUUAAUUUAAGCACUAGCGCUGUUACUAAACUGGGCCCCAUGAGCUGCCUGAGGUCAGCACUGGGAGGAGGAUGAGGCACAUGGCAGACAGCAGCCCCCAGGAUGGAGCUGGAUAGAGCUGCAGGCGGGUCCUCUGGAAGUCCUCAUCCCUUCCUGGGGUGAGGAGGAGGUGCAGCACCCUGGGGCUGUGGGGAUCAUGCCUGUGCAGUCCUUCCCCAGGCUUCAGUCCCCACAGGCAGGGUUAGUGGGGGCAAUGCCAUCUCCCCCUCCACCCCAAGGCUCUUCACCCCACCAUAAGGAUGAGGAUUGGUCAUGACCCACUACCAUCAGUCUGCCCACAUUGCCCUCAGCUGCCUCCACCUCUCCUCGCUGCCCUGAGCACCUCACCCCCUGUACAUACCCCUGGGUGCCCCAGGGCCUGCCCAGUCCUGCACAGCAGCCCUGGCUUUGCUGCUUUGCUGGGUGGCACUGCUGGCUCCUUGCCUGCACAUGGGGAGGGGAGAGGAGACCUCAAAGAGCCAGGCUGUCUUUGUCCCUUUGUGCUGAGUUAUUGAGUCUGUGCUGGUUCAGCCUUGGGGUUGCUUAGUGGGGUGGGAUAUUCCUGGGUAAGGGGGACAUGCUGGAAGCAGCAGGGAGGUUGGGGCCAGGUCUGCCAUAGUGGGAAGGCACUGGCCUGUCCUCAGCUCCAGUGGGGCUGUUAGGAAUGGCCGGGGGUUGGGGGGCUUUUGGCCCUUGUGUGGCUCCUGGGGGUGGUGAGGCCGGGGGGCUUCUCUUCUGUUCUCAUUUUUGCAGAGUUGCACAAAGAGAGGUUUCCUUUUUCUUUCUUUUUUUGUUCUUAUUUAAUGAAUUGUAAAGUGGUGUCAUCCCUCUCUGCCCCAUUUUUUUUUUUUUUAAGAGAUAUUUUGGUGCAAAUUUGACCUCUGUUGGGAAAUGAUUCUUGUAACUGUACAAUUUUUUUUUUUUGCCUCCUAAUAAUAAUAAAUUAACAAUUUUGCGUUGC